CCGGUUUUAUCACUUUAUACGCUGCUUUUUUCCGGGAAGGCAAUUUUAGGUUGCCCAUUACUAAGUUUGUUGCCGACGUUCUGAGAGGUUAUGGUCUUCAUAUUUCUCAAAUAAAUGCUAUUGGGCUCCCCCGGAUUACUCACUUCGAGUUUGUUUGCCGGUCUUAUCGAGUUGAACCGACGUUUCAAAUGUUCAACACUUUUUAUAGCGUGACAUAUUCUAGUGGUUUUUAUUCCUUUCAAGCUAGGACGGGGGUUGUCCCGGUGUGUUCUGUCCCAAUAAAGGGUAUUCAUGACUGGAAGCAGAAGUUUUUCUACAUUCGUCGCGGCGUGAUUCCGUCGGAGAUGACGUACAGGCAGGUGGCUCAAGGGAUCCCGAGGGUGGAUUCAUUGGAGGAUUUUGCUGCCCAAGAAUGGUACGGGAGGAUAACCGCCAAGGCAACUGCCAUUUCUCAGCUGGAUGAAAUGGCCUUGGUUGGUGCUGGGAUGAGCAUGCUAUGGGUGCCUAAGCAUCCUUUGGGUCAGCCUGUGUACAGUCAUCGGGGCAAAUUUGGUUACAGCUUGUUGAAUGCUUUGGAUCCCAAGGCAGCGGGUGCUAUGGUUGAAGCCAUCCAGGCUGAUGGUAACCCAACAUGGCUAGAUCAAAUACGAGAUCGCUUCUUACACCCUACCGAGCAAAGUUUGAGCCGAUAUGCUGCUGAAGUUCUUGGUGAGGAUGUUUGGGAUGACUUUGUUAACUCUGAUCAAGAGGAUGUCAUCGUUGUUUCCAGUGGGAGUUCUGGUCGGGGUGGCGAAGAUCUAACGUCUCGUUCCGCGCGUGCAGGUACCGUGCCUGGUGGCGAUGCUGAACCGGUACAUGAGGUUGUUGGAGACGAUGAUGAUGCGGAAGCGUCUAUUGAUCCGUCUGCUCAGUUGGAGACGAGGAAGAAAGCUCGGACUGAUAGGUCUGGAAGGAGAGGAGAGGGAGCUGAGGGUGGAGCUGCCGGAUCUUCUCGUAAGCGACCCUCCAUUCUUUCUUAUCUAGAUUAUGUAGUAGUGUCUGAUACGUUGUCUGGCUUAGGCCCUGGGGAGGUGCGUCAAGAGUCUGAUCCUGAUGAUAGGGCUACUUUAACCGAGCAUAUGAAGAAGAAAUCUUUGGAUGAUCAUAAACGUCGUCUUGAUGAGCAAGCUGCUGCCCUUCUCGCGGCCAAGAGGGCUAAGCUUCAGAAAGAGGCCCCUCCGGCGCCUUCAGAGUCUGAGGUUGACUUGGGUGUAUUCAGUGGUGGUCGAGGAAACUUGUUGGAGGAGAUAUAUGCUGCUUCUGCUCCUCGCCCUGUGCUUAAAACGGGUAAGAAACCUCGACCAGUGGAUAUCUCUCAAAUUACUCCACCUACUUCUCCUCCGUCGAGGACUGCUGGUUUGACUCCUUCACGAGACGAUGUUGAGGUGAAUGUGGAGGGUGGUGAAACUGGAGGUGGAGGUGGUGCUGAAGGUGGUGGUGAUGUUGGGGGUAAUGAGACUGCGGGUAAUGUUGCGGCGGGUGACAAGGGUAAGGGAAUUGAACUGGAUGUGGAGUCUAGUGAGACUACUCCGCCGCAGACCAUUUAUACCAAGCGUCCACCUGGUGAUGGAGCCGCGUCUGGCACUGUGCGAUCUUCGCACUUUGAACGUGUGCCUGAGGAUUCGUGGGAUAACCCGGCAUGUGAUGAUAUGCCUCAUGCUCCCCGUUGGAAUCUUGUGCAGGGUUCUCGCAUGGAUGAUUUGGACAACUGUCAUCAGUUUUUCUCUUUGUCUCUACCGCCCGCUGAGAGGAUGUUUCAGAAAACCCGUAACCGCUUUGCUCUUAUGGAUGAUCAUGUUAGGGCUGGGGUCAACUUUUUUGCCACUUCUCAAGAAAUCCUUCGUGAAUGGCGGUCUAUGGGGGAAGAGAUUCUUGAGUUUGAAGAGUCUAAGAAGGCUUUCUCUGAGGAAAGAGAAAAGUUUAACGCGGAGAAGAAAGGGCUGCAAUGGAGGGUUGCGGAAGCUGAGCGAAAGCUCGAAGAACAGAAAAAGUUGAGUGAGCAGAAACAAAAAGAUUGGGAAUCUGCCUGCGCGCGCACGAACUUAGAGAUGCAAUCUCAGCGCGAUGCUAUUGUUCGUUUAUCCGGUGAGAAGACGGCCUUGGCUGAUGAGGCUAAUCAGGUGCGGCUUGCUGCAGAGAAAAAGGAGAAAGAGUAUAUUGCUCGGAUUGACAAGCUAGAACUUCUUGCACAAGAAAAGCGUCUGAAUGUGAGACUGCUCAGCGUCUUCUUGAUGAGAAGACGGCGGAGUGUCGUGCCUCUGAACUCCUUGCUGAGGAAACCGCAGCUGAUACUAGGUGGUUGUUAUCUCGUGGUGUUCCCCUGCUUGCUGAUCGUAUCGUACAUUCGUCGGAACUUGCCAACUAUAUGUUUGAGUUGGGCGUGGCAGGUUAUAACAGCGGACGCAAGUUUGGGUAUGCUGAGGGUAGAUUAGCUGCUGCCAAUAACGAUAAGGAUUACAAGUUUGAGUUGUAUAAGGCUGAUUGUGAUGGUGCGUAUGCUGAGAAGCGUCGAGCAUUUGCGAUGCUUGACUUUGCUGUUGUGAAGGCUGCUGGCAAAUUGGCCCUCAAAGCUGAUGGAGUUGCUUUGUUGAAGAAAGCAUUGGGAGAUGACGGCGCUGGUGG